AUGUAUGAAGUAAUUUCUGGAUUACGACCAUAUCAUAAUAUAAGCCAUAAUGAAAAUUUAGCAAUAAGAAUUUGUCAAGGACUUAGACCAAGGUUUAAUAUUAAAGUACCUCAAUUAAUUGUACAAUUAAUUAAAGGAUGCUUAGAUUCAGAUCCAUUAAAACGGCCAAAAGCAAAAGAAAUUGAAGAUAUUUUAUACAAUUGGUAUAGAGGUAAUGGACUAUUACAAACACAAAUUAAAGAAGCGGAUAAUAUCAACAACAAUUCACCAAAUAUCACCAUACCUUCAACUAGUUUAGGAUUAUUAACAUAUGAAAGUAGGUUACUCGAUUUUAAUAAUCUUCCUGAACCAAAAAAUUCUGAUGAUUAUUACGAACAAAAUGAUAAUAUAAUAAGCAAGGAAUUUUUAGAAUCUUUAGAAUAUUGUCGAAUUGAUAUUCCUUAA